UCGAUAUAUCGAAUCGAUUUCAAGUCGACUUCUUUUUCAGCUGUUUAUCGAAAGAGUACAUAUGGCAAAUUUUUGACGGUGUUGUUACUUGUUACAGCAAAGUUGCAGCUUUCGUAUCAAGAAUUGCAUUUUCUUUGCAGUAGAUUCAUUAUGGGAUUAUGCAAUAUCGAAUGUGUAGAAAGAAUAGCGCAAUAUCUUGACGUUCCUUCGAAAAGGCUAGAGAUUUCUAAUAAAAAUGUUGUAGUACUUAUUCCAGAAUCUGAGAAAAAUUCACCACUCAUUCAAGGCUUCAGUACUGUUAUACAAGCGCUAGUAGCAAAGUCUAAAUGCUCAGAUUUGCUCUGUGGUGAGAAAGAAGUGCAGGCUCUGACGCAACAAUGGUUAGAGUAUGUCGCAGUAUGCGUCAAUCAUGCUGACCUUUCUAUCAAUGCCAAGAGAGUAUUAAAUGAAUUAAAUAUAGUAUUGAAAGAUGUACCAUAUAUAACUGGUACAGAGAAGACUAUUGCAGAUGUCACGUUGUACUACAUCUUGCACUCUAUCAUGAAAGAAUUAAAUCGACAAGAGAAAGCUCAAUACAUACAUGUAUCGAGAUGGUUUGACAAUAUUCAGCAAGAAGAGAGGUUGAGACGAGAUUUGGAUAUGAUAUCUUUUAAUUUAUUACACCUAUUUCUGUAAUAUAAAUCGACAUUUUAAAAGAGGUAAAUGAUUAGUUUGACUUUUAUAUUUUGAUAAAAAUAUAAUUGUUUGAUGCUCUUUUAUCUGAAAACAAAGCUUUGAAAAGUAAAAAUUAUUACUUGAUAAUAUAAAAAGAUUUUUAACAAAUUGGAGAAUCUCAUAUAGAUGAAAUACAAUAAUAUGAGUCAAUGUGAUAGAAAAAGUGAUAUAAAAAUUUAAUAUUUAGU